AUGCGGAUCGUCGUCGUGUACCUUGGACCAGCCCAGUAUCUUGGACCUUGGGUGUGCUACAUGCUGAUGAUUACAAUGCUGCAUUUAUCAGUGAACUCGUUUAUUUCCAUUAUGCUGUCAAUGGUUUUUCGAUGUAUCGCUAUUCGGACCUUAAGAUUUCCUACAUCAGCAGCUUAUGUUAUGUGCGCACUGGGCUACUGCAUACCUCUGACGAUGGUGCUUGGUGUCAUCAAUAUGGAGUACGUCAGCGAUUAUGAAUCGAAUACAAACUACAUGAAUCACACCGUCGCGAACCUACAGCACUAUCGCACGGUCGUUGGAACUAGGGUUGAUCAGGUUGGUGAACCUUCUGUAAUACUUUUGGCUUCUGUGUUUCUACAGCAGAAAAAAGGAAAUCGCGGACAAAAUACCCUAACGGGUGGAUGUCGCUUUGAUUUACGUUCGAAUCAGUGUGGUACUGCAGUAGGAACUCUGAAGGAAAAAGCCCUACUUCAGUUACACAAUCAUUGGAAUAGAACUGAACGGCUGGAAAUCUAG